AACCUUCGAAACGGCAUGUUAGUACAUGCGACUUUGCAGUGAAGCGGGUCAUAGCGUGAACGCAGAAACGAAGGCGACGAAGAGGAAGAGGGCUUUCCUUCGCGGAGCGAACUGUCGGUUCCUUAUUCCAGGCUAAAGAUGGAUCGGUACCAAAGGGUGGAGAAGCCGAGGGUAGAGACAGCCAUUGAUGAGAAUGAGAUUCGGAUUACCAGCCAGGGAAGGAUGCGAAACUAUAUCAGUUAUGCCAUGAGUGUACUUCAGGAAAAAGAACCCGACAAGAUUGUUUUCAAGGCAAUGGGCAGAGCAAUCAACAAAACUGUUACCAUUGUGGAGCUUAUUAAGAGAAGAGUUGUUGGUCUUCACCAGAUUACUUCUAUUACAUCCACUGACAUCACAGAUACAUGGGAGCCCUUAGAGGAAGGCCUCCUUCCUUUGGAAACCACCAGACAUGUUUCAAUGAUUACAAUUACUCUCUCAAAGAAUGAGCUGGAUACAAAAGAUGUUGGGUAUCAGCUGCCCAUACCUACAGACCAGGUUAAAGUGUCUACAGAGAUUGAUUAUGAAGAGAGAUCUCCUACUGGUCGUGGAAGAGGCCGACAAGGUGGUAGAGGAAGGGGAAGGCCUAGAGUUGUAUCUGGAAAUGGUUAUUUGGAUGCUGAGUAUGAUGAUGGAGGAUAUGAUAGAAAUCGUAGCUACGGCAGAAGGGGUCGAGGAAGAGGUGGUAAUUUCCGUGGACGUGGACGUGGAAGAGGAGGUUACAAUGGUCCUCAGUUUGAGAUGCAGCAAGAUGGUGGCUAUGAUCAUGAGGAACCUGUAGCUCAGGGUCGAGGUAGAAGUCGCAAUUUCCGUGGACGUGGAAGAGGAGGUUACAAUGACCCACAGUUUGAUACACGGCAAGAUGGUGGCUAUGAUUAUUGGGAACCUCCUCAUGCUCGAGGUAGAGGUCGUAAUUUCCAUGGACGUGGAAGAGGAGGUUACAAUGACCCGCAGUUUGAUAUGCAGCAAGAUGGUGGAUAUGAUUAUGACGAACCUGCUCAGGGCCGAGGUAGAGGUCGCAAUUUCCGUGGACGCGGAAGAGGAGGUUACAAUGGCCCAAAUCUUGAUACACGACAAGAUGGUGGCUAUGAGUAUGAGUCUCAGGGUCAAGGUGGAGGUCAUAAUUUCCAUGGACGUGGUAGAGGAGGUUACAAUGGUCCACAGUUUGAUACACAGCAAGAUGGUGGCUACAGUUAUGAGGCAGCUGCUCAGGGUCGAGGUAGAGGUCGUAAUUUCCGUGGGCAUGGAAGAGGAGGUUACAAUGGUCCGCAAUUUGAUACACAGCGAGAUGGUGGCUACAAUUAUGAGGCUCCUGCACAGGGUCAAGGGCGUGCUCGUGGGAGGGGAGACCGUGGUAGGGGUCGUGGUGGAUUCAGAUCUAAUGGGCCAAUCCACGCGACUGCCAGAUAUGCUUAGUUGGUCCAAGCCUUGAAGAAAUACUGCAACUAUGUUAUCUAAAGAGUGUAUGCUCCACUUCACUUCUAUGUUUCACAGUAGUUGUGUGUUGCCAGUACAUAUUAACUAUAGGAUUGAUGUGUAGACUAAUGUUUAUUGGAAGUUGGACGUCUGUUGUAUUGUAGUGAGCCAUUUUGGUUCAUUUACAGCUUUUUCAUUUGUUAGUUCAGGUGUUUCUUUACGUGUAAUUUGGUCAGUGACUCAGUGAGCGUUAUAUGGUAUCCUUUUAAGUUUUAUAUAUCUUUUGUCAAGGUUAUAAUAGUGAGCAUGAUACUAUGGUU